AUAGUAAGUACAGUGACACAUGACUUUAUGAGUGACGACAAUGACGAGUGAGGCUAAAAGUGUACAAAUAAUAGAAAAUGUUUAAAAUUUAAUGAAUAAAUAUUGUUCCCGAUUACCCAAAUGUAUUAAUUAAGUUGACUAUCGUCAAAUAAACUUACGUUACUAAAUAUGAGUAAUAAUAUAAGUGAUCUAUCACAAUCAAAUGAGUAUCUUAGUUUUCGCAGCAGUAUUCCUCUAAGAAAAAUUGAUGUCGAUGCAGACGGAUUCAAGGUUUGGAAGAUAUUUGAUAGUGGACCUAAAUCUGUAACAUGUCCACUCAUAUGUUUGCCGCCUGUAUCGGGUACAGCUGAUAUUUUUUUCCAACAAGUUAUGGGGCUUGCAUCGAGAGGAGUACGAGUAAUAGCAGCAGAACCUCCACCUUACUGGAAUAUUAAGGAAUGGUGUGAUGGAUUUAAGAGGCUUCUUGAUUAUCUUGAACUUGAUAAGGUUCAUAUAUUUGGAGCCUCACUAGGUGGAUUUGUAGCCCAAAAGUUUACAGAAUUAACAAAGAACUGUCCAAGAGUAUCUUCUUUAGUCCUUUGUAACACCUUCACCGAUACCUCAGUGUUUGAGUAUAAUGACUCAUCUGCAUUAUUUUGGCUUUUGCCAUCCCUAGUACUAAAGCGAAUGCUUAUGGGUAACUUCACAGCUGAGAAAGUUGAUAGAAGAAUUGCUGACUCAGUAGAUUUUAUGGUAGAAAGAGUGGAAUCUCUUACUCAAUCAGAACUUGCAUCUAGGCUUACUUUAAAUUGCACCCCAUGUUAUGUGGAACCACAGUCACUUCAUGAUAUCCCAAUAACAAUAGUAGAUGUUUGGGAUGAAAGUGCACUUAGCUCGACAGUUAGAGAGGAUUUAUACAAGUCAUAUCCCCAUGCAAAGUUAGCCCAUUUGAAGAGUGGGGGGAAUUUCCCAUACUUAAGUAGGAGUGAUGAAGUUAACCUGCAUUUAUUGAUCCACUUAAGGCAAUUUGACGGGACUGCACUUACCUCAUCAUAUUUAAGCUUACACAAAAUGCCACCUCAUAACCAACUUCAAUCGGACGAAGGAACUGUAAGCUUCUUCAAUCAGAGGGACAAAUUUGUCAAAAUAUCUUGAGAUAUUUACUAUUUGUAUUAAUCAGAAUCGCGAAUUUAUAAUGCAUUUCUAGUUAAGUGAAAUUUUGACUAUUUCUAAGUUAUGUUAAAUGUAGGAAUAUUAUUAUAAUACUAUAACAGCUCCAAUAUUUUGUAUCCAUAUUUAUGCAUUUAAUAAUAAAAAAAAGGAUCUAUCCACAUCUAGAAUGACUUUUGAUAUAUUUUUACUUUUUGUAAAAUAAUAAAUCAAAAUAACUGUUAAA